AUGGAAGCUUCGUGGCGCCGCGGCCGCGCCCGAGGACGAGCCGUCGUCGCCGUGCCCUCGGCGGGCAAUGGAGUCGCUGCGGGCGGCGCCGCAGCUGGGCGAGGGAAGGGGCCUGGGGUCGCGGGUCACGGCCGGCCCGGCCCCGCGGCGGGAGGCGCAGGUGGCCGCGCGGGCUCGGCGACGGCGGAAGCGGCGCGGGCGCCGGGCAGCGGGGAGCUAAUGUCCCAGAAGAAAUUUGAGGAAAUCAAGAAGGCUAAUCAAGCUGCAGCCCAAAAACUUGUUGAAGAACAGUUUAGCUCUUCAUCUGAAGAAGAAGGAGAUGAAGAUCUUGAAGGAAAACAGGGGAAGAUAGUUGCUAAUACAUUUAUAACGUACACUACUCAGACAGAUGGAGAUACACGUGAACUAGAGCGCACAAAACAGUAUGUAAAUGAAGCUUUUCAAGCGGGGGCUAUGACAUGCUUGAUUUGUAUUGCUUCAGUGAAGAGAAACCAAGCAGUAUGGAGCUGUUCGGGAUGUUUCUGCAUAUUUCACAUGCCCUGCAUUCAGAAGUGGGCUAAAGAUAGUCAGUUUCUUGUAUCUUCUUUAACAGAUGAAGAUUUUGGGAAGAGAGACUAUCCUUGGCCUUGUCCAAAAUGUAGAUUUGAAUAUAAAAAAUCAGAAACACCUAGUAGAUACUACUGCUAUUGUGGGAAGGUAGAAGACCCACCUUUAGAUCCAUGGCUUGUUCCUCAUUCAUGUGGCCAAGUGUGUGAGAGAGAAUUCAAACCUCCUUGUGGCCAUAAAUGUUUGCUACUCUGUCAUCCUGGUCCCUGCCCUCCUUGUCCAAAAAUGGUCACAACUACCUGUUACUGUAAGAAAGCAAAGCCUAUCCCUCGUAGGUGCAGUGCCAAGGAGUGGUCCUGCCAGCAGCCCUGUGGGCGGAAGUUGCUCUGCGGGCAACACAAGUGCGAAAAUCCCUGUCACGCAGGAAGUUGUCAGCCUUGUCCAAGAGUUAGUAGACAGAAAUGUGUAUGUGGCAAAAAAAUAGCUGAGAGAAGUUGUGCAAGUCCACUGUGGCACUGUGAUCAAGUUUGUGGACAAACACUGUCAUGUGGUAACCAUACAUGUGAGCAAGUCUGUCAUGUUGGUGCUUGUGGAGAUUGUCCUCGAUCUGGAAAGAGGGCCUGUCCUUGUCAGAAGUCAAAGUUUUCUUUGCCUUGUACGGAAGAUGUACCAACUUGUGGAGACAGCUGUGACAAAGUACUGGAAUGUGGAAUCCAUAGAUGCUCACAGCGUUGUCACCGAGGUCCUUGUGAAACAUGUAGACAAGAAGUGGAAAAGCAUUGUCGCUGUGGAAAGCAUACAAAACGAAUGCCAUGCCAUAAACCCUAUCUGUGUGAAACUAAGUGUGUUAAGAUGCGUGACUGUCAGAAGCAUCAGUGUAGGAGGAAGUGUUGUCCUGGAAACUGUCCACCUUGUGAUCAAAACUGUGGACGGACUUUAGGAUGCAGAAACCAUAAGUGUCCGUCUAUCUGCCACAGAGGCAGUUGCUAUCCGUGCCCAGAAACUGUGGAUGUAAAGUGCAGCUGUGGCAGUGCCAAGGUCACGGUUCCCUGUGGCCGAGAACGUACCACAAGACCACCCAAAUGCAAGGAGCUCUGCAGUCAACCAUCAACGUGUCAUCAUGCGAGUCGAGAGAAACACCGCUGUCACUUUGGCCCUUGUCCACCAUGUCGUCAACCUUGCCAGAGAGUUUUGGAGAAAUGUGGUCACUUGUGUCCUGCUUCAUGUCAUGAUCAGGCAUUGAUUAAACAAGCUGGCAGGCCUCAGCCUACAGGCCCUUGGGAGCAGCUUUCAGAGCCAGCAUUUAUUCAGGCUGCACUACCUUGUCCUCCAUGCCAGGUUCCCAUUCCUGUGGAAUGCCUUGGGAAACAUGAGGUGAGCCCACUGCCCUGCCAUUCUGUGGGGCCCUAUUCCUGCAAGAGAGUUUGUGGAAGAGUGCUGGAUUGUCAGAACCAUACAUGUAUGAAAGAAUGUCACAAAGUGGCUGAAGUUGAUGGCUGUACUGACAAAAAUAAGGCUGGUCCCGAAUGCCUUGAGUGUGAAGAAGGGUGCUCUAGAUCUCGGCCACUGGGUUGUCCUCACCCGUGUGUUCUGCCAUGUCACCCUGGAGAAUGUCCUCCUUGUGUUCAGAUGCUGAGAAUAAAAUGUCACUGCAAGAUCACAAGCUUGUAUGUGGAAUGUAGGAAAAUGACCACAGCUGGUGUAGAUGAAAAGAACCUCCUCAGUUGUUGCAAAAAUCAGUGCCCUAAAGAGCUUCCUUGUGGUCAUAGAUGCAAAGAGAUAUGCCAUCCUGGUGAAUGUCCCCUUAAUUGUACCCAGAAGGUAAAACUUAGAUGCCCUUGUAAAAGAAUAAAAAAGGAAUUGCAGUGCAAUAAAGUACGUGAAAAUCAGAUUUCAGUAGAGUGUGACACAACAUGCAAGGAACUGAAGCGGAAAGCAUCUGAGGUGAAAGAGGCUGAGGCCAAAGCUGCUCUGGAAGAGGAGAGCCGGAGGCGGCAGGCUGAGCUGGAGGCUUUUGAAAACAGAUUGAAGGGUCGUCGGAAGAAAAACAGGAAAAGAGAUGAAGUGGCAGUUGAGCCAUCGCUAUGGCAGAAAUACAAAUACCAUCUCCUGGCAGCAUGUGGCGUUGUGGUGGUAGUGCUUGCAUGGUACAUCGCCCAGGACGCCAAUUAAUCGUUUCUUUGACCUUUUAAUAUACCUCAGAUUGAAACUAGAUGUUACCUAUGAAACAUUAAGGUGUUAUGUGUGUAUUGUAGGCUGUGUUCCCUCCCAUUGGCCUGUGUGCUGUGCAGCUGUGGGGACAGGCAGCGGAGGCUGUUCAAAGUGAAAGCACGACCGGAGGCACUCAGCACUCCACAGCUGGGCUGCCGGCAGAGCGCCAUGUCUGUUGUUCUCUGCGCUGCGUGUACUGGCCCGGCUAUUGCAUUUACUGCUUCAGCACCCAGCACUGUUCUUUCUGUAAAUUCAGAUGCGACUGAGCCAUAUGUGCAGUAAGAGGAAUAUUUCUCCAUGUUUUGGAUACUUUUUUUGAUCUUGUAACUUUGUACUUUUUUAAAGUUAUCCUCCAAAAAGACCUCUUAACCACCACAAAGCUUUAUAAUUAGAUUGCAGAAAUUAGCCUAUCAGAGAGAAACUUUUAUUGGUCACUGAAACAAAUUUCACACAAUGUGAAUUGUUUUCAACAAAUGCCAGGCUAGGUUCUUCCCAGGCAGCUGUUUUUGUCUAAGAAACUUUUACUUGAAAGUUGGCAUGUUUUGUAUACCUUGUAUGUAUCUUUUUAAGAUAAUAAUAAAAGGAAAGCUGAUAUUUAUGAGCAACAUGUACUGAGCAUAGAGCUUAUUAUUUCUCUUUACUGUAAUCCCAGAUAUAUAACAGCUGGGAAUAAUAUGAAAAAAAUAGAGAAAUUAUCAGUAAGCCAAAUUGGGUAUAACUGUCUUUUCAAAUAGUUUUAUUAUUUAAAUUUUGUAUGAUUAUUUUCAUACCAAGUUUGUAAUCUAGAAUGCCGUUGCAGUGCCCAGGAGCCUGUGAUUUUAGGUUGGGCACAGUGUCAAUGUGUAAUGCUAGUGUUUGAUGUAGAGCACAGUUACUGAAAGGUAUUAAAAAGUAUAUACUUUAAAAGUGUGUUUUAAACAGGAGUUCAGAGGAAGAUGUAAAAUCUGCUGAAUUUAGGUUAAAAACAAAAUACAUGUUGCAUUGUUUAUCGAGUAUUAUCUGGUGUCCUGAAUUAAAGGAAAAUCAUUUCUUUAUGA